AUGGUGUCGUCUUACUUGACGUUACGUUCAGGAAUCAUCAUCUGUGCCCUUUGGUUGAGCGUCUUGGCCGGAUGCUCCGCGCAGCAGGAGAGGUACAAGCCGCUUACAGACACCCGAACUAGUCUUCCGUUUGAAAUCGACCAUGCGCCUUCCGACAAGAGUGCUAGUAACUUCAAGCCCUUAUCUUCGCUGCAUGCACUCGGCGCGGAGACAUUUACUGUCCUUGCCCAUCCAUCGUUUCCUGAGUAUCGCGUCAGAAUCAAGGAGACCAACUUCUGUGAUCCUGGUGUGAAGUCAUAUACGGGCUACAUCGACAUUGAGGCCCGCCAUCUCUUCUUCUACUUCUUCGAGAGCAGAAGCGAUCCCGACCACGACCCUGUCAUCUUAUGGACCAACGGAGGUCCAGGAUGCUCGUCAUCACUUGGCUUGCUGAUGGAGCUUGGCCCGUGUCGUAUCACAAACGCGACCGAAGGGCCGCAUCCGUUCAAGGAAUCGUGGACGUCGAAUGCGAACGUAUUCUUCAUCGACCAGCCCAUCGGCGUUGGCUUCAGCUAUGCCGAAUAUGGAGAAACUGUAUCGACGACAGAAGAAGCUGCGAUAGAUGUGGCCAGAUUCGCGUCUGUGUUCUUCGAGAACUUCCCUCAGUUCAAGGGGCGUCCUUUCCAUAUGGCCGGCGAAUCGUAUGGCGGCCGCUAUAUUCCGUUGUUCGCUGUUGUUGUGUACGAUCAGAACGCCCUCUUGACCAGCGCCGGCCUAACGCCCAUUAACCUGACUUCAAUCAUGAUUGGGAAUGGUGCUACCGAGCCUCUCACGGCGCUGACGUCUUACUAUGAUAUGCUAUGCACGCCUGCAUCUGUCUUUCCGGUGCUUGACAUCAGCUCGUGUGUGCGAAUGAAGCAAACGAUUCCGCGGUGCAAGCGCUGGUUCACAGAGUCGUGCCUCGAUCAGUACGACGAAAUGGCAUGCAGGGCUGCGAACUCUUUCUGCACGACGGAGCUCAUGGAUCCCUUCGACGCGCUAGGCUUGAACCCUUAUGAUCUAACGCAGGAGUGCACGGAUGGCUCCAGCCUAUGCUAUCCUGUCACCAUACAGAUAAGAGACUACCUCUCUCGCUCCGACGUGCGCGAGAUGCUUGGUGUAGACCCGCUUGUUCCGUCGCCUUUUACUUCAUGCAGUGAAAGCGUCGGAAUCGCGUUUGACGUGACCUUGGACGAAACGCGCGACUCCUCGGGCUACGUGGGAGCCUUGUUGGAGCACGGCAUAGAUGUGCUUCUCUACGUUGGAACUAAUGAUUGGAUCUGCAACUGGUAUGGUAACCAGGAAUGGUCGCUUGCGUUAGCCUGGACGGGACGUGAGAGCUUCGCAUCGCAACCAUUGCAGGAGGUGGAUAAUGCAGGUCACAUGGUACCAUACGACAAGCCUGUCGAAGCCUUGACCAUGGUCAACAGGUUUCUCUCUACGAGAUCGCUAUGA